CGUCAUCAGUAUGAGCCAAGGGCAGGUUUGGCUCAACGUCGCCCAAAGGAGUACUUUGUUGUCGCGGCAAUGAGCUGUGCCGGGUUGAUGGCGUCUUGCUUCCUGGGGCGGCUACGCACGGGCGCCCCGCGGCACCUCCCAGCUUAUGGAAGAAGAAUCAGUGUCAGAUUUUGCAGCUCAGGGAUGACUUUAGACAGUAUCAAUCGGGCAACAGUGGAUCGAAUUAUCCGGGUGGAUCACGCAGGUGAAUAUGGAGCAAACCGCAUCUAUGCAGGACAGAUGGCCGUCCUGGGUCGCACAAGUGUCGGGCCAGUCAUUCAGAAAAUGUGGGAUCAAGAAAAGGACCACUUGAAAAAGUUCAAUGAAUUGAUGGUUGCAUUCAGGGUCCGGCCGACGAUUCUGAUGCCCUUUUGGAAUGUGGUGGGGUUUGCACUGGGUGCGGGAACUGCCCUGCUUGGGAAGGAGGGGGCGAUGGCCUGCACUGUGGCUGUGGAAGAGUCCAUAGCGCAUCACUACAACAACCAGAUCAGGACAUUGAUGGAGGAGGAUCCUGAAAAAUACAAUGAGCUGCUGCAGGUGAUAAAGAAAUUUAGGGAUGAAGAGCUUGAGCACCAUGACAUCGGCCUUGAACAUGACGCAGAACUGGCUCCAGCAUAUGCUGUUUUGAAGAGGGUUAUCCAGGCUGGAUGCAGUGUGGCAAUAUAUUUAUCAGAAAGAUUUUAAGGAUCACUCACUCUGGGGGGAGCCAGCCGCCAUGUGAUGAGGACACUUAGGCACUUACUCUGUGGAGAGGGUCACAUGGCCAAGAACUGAGGCCUCCUGCCUAUAGCUGUGUCUCUGCAACAUCUUGGAAGUGACUCCAUCAGCCCCAGUCAAGCCUUCAGGUGACCUCAUGAGAGACCCAGAGCCAGAAUCACCCAGCUAAGUCAGUCCUGAAUUCCUCACUCUCAGCAACUAUGCUAGAUAAUAAAUGUUUAUUUUCAGCUGCCAAGUUUUGGACUGAUAUGCUAUAAAGCAAUAGAUAACCAAUAUACAACACUUGCACAUGAUUUGGGGCACAGUAAAAUUUGAGAAGCACUGAACUAGGCCAUGAACUGGAAGGCAGAGACCAACUUAGUUUUUUUGUGUAUCUUCAGAGCUUAAUACAGUGUCUGAUGCUCUGCAAAUUUUUCUUAGAUUAAAUGCAAAAUUAAGUUGCCCUGUUUCAA